AUGACCCAGCAACCCGACGGGGAACCGUUGGUCUCCUCACUCUGGUCGAGGUCCCUCCUGUCCGGCGCUGUCGCUGGCCUUACCGUUGACUGCUCCCUCUACCCCCUCGACACGAUCAAAACUCGCCUUCAAAAGGCACGCGACACCACCGCACCUCAACCCAAGCUCUCCCUCCGCCAAACAGUCCGCGGAAUCUACGCCGGUCUCCCCUCUGUGCUCUUCGGCUCCGCCCCCUCUGCCGCGUCUUUCUUCAUUGUCUACGAUGGCGUCAAACGCCAGCUCCUUCCCCCAACAACCGGCUCCGCACCCUCCGAACCUCCCACCCGCGCCCAUGUCUUCUUCACACACUCCAUUGCCUCCUCGCUAGGUGAAAUCGCCGCAUGCGCUGUGCGCGUGCCAACAGAAGUCGUCAAGCAACGUGCCCAGGCAGGCCUUUUCGGCGGAUCGACUCUGCUCGCACUGAAGGAUAUCCUAGCCUUGCGCCAUGCCGCGCCUCCUCCCUCUCCAGCCGCCAGAACAAAUGCCACCGGCGCCGCUACCGCGACUGUAUCAGUGAAGCGAGGAUACGGACAAUUCACCAUGUGGGAGUCUAUGAAGGAGGGCUAUGCGCAGCGGUAUCUCCGCAAGACAGAGGCUGGAUCUGGUAUCAUUACGCAGGAUCAGAUCCCUGCGUCGACGAGUGCCAUGUUUGGUAGUGUUGCAGGUGCCAUUGCGGCUGGGUUGACUACUCCUCUGGAUGUCAUCAAGACUCGGGUUAUGUUAGCUCGUCGGAGUGAUGGUUCGUCCCCGAUUCGAGUUAAAGAGAUCGUGAGGGGGAUUGCGCAGGAGGGCUUCAGUGCUUUCUGGCGUGGUAUUGGGCCGCGUGUGGCGUGGAUUGGCAUUGGUGGUGCUGUUUUCUUGGGCAGUUAUCAAUGGGCGUGGAAUACGUUGGAGAAUAAGAAGAGGGUACAGGAUGAGUAA